CGCCAAACAGCAGCCCAGACUGCGGCACAUGUGGUCUGUGUGGAGAAGCAGUGCUGGGCGCAUCUCCUCACCUACUUCUGGACUUCAUACCGCUUCGCAAGCUCGCUUUUGCCGUUUGCCUGCAUUAGGCAAUUGCGUCCCGCCUAUUCCUUACAAUGCGUCCCCCCAUUUCAACGAUCCUCUGUGUCCCAGACGAGCUCCUGGCGCAGAUCCUCGAGCUGGUACUCGCCUACCCCACCCGGUUCUGGUGGGCCCCAGAUUUCGACAAGUUUUUUAGGACCUCGGUUUCGGUCAUGCUUGUCUGCCGUCGCUUUCGGCGCCUGGCCACCCCGUACCUCUAUAGUCAUGUCGAAGUUGCCGCUGGAUCGGUGGGCCCCAACUUUCCCGCUGCGUCGCCGAGAGCCACUAGGCACUUGCAUCGAACAUUUAGUCAGGAUCCGUCGCUCCGGCGUUACUGUCGGACUCUACAUGUUCAUUUUGCAGCCUCUGAUAGCGAGGCCCCAUGGCGGAUUGUGGACGACCUUGCCGCCUGGCUCGUAGGGACCCGGCAUUUACUCAUCGACGGAGCCUUCGCUCCUGGGGACUGGGACGAUAGACCCUUCAGCAUCCGGCGCACAGUGCGGUCUGGACACAAUCUCAAGAGAACUUGGGAUUUCAUCCAUGCUGCAUUUCGUAACAUGGCAUCCUUGGAGGAAGUAUCAAUACGGACGGGAAACGGCCUGCUCUCCCUGUGGACCAUCAUCCAUAAUCUUCGCCAUGCAGUUCGCCUGCGGGUUGUGAGCCUUACCGGCGUCUCAUGUACCGGGAGCACUCUGCCUGAUAACGCAUUCCAGAUACGGUCUGCAUUAAUAACCUCGCUGAGAUUGAGUAACUUCCAAGACAGCCCGGAAAACCUCCGACGUCUUCUGCUCUUCCCCGCCAAGCUCGAGGAGUUCAGCUUCGCCUCCUUCCGACUAGGCAGAACCGGGCCGUGGAACCUGUCAGUCGUGGCUGGCGCGCUCUCCCCGCACAAGUCAACUCUCCGAAGUCUUCUUGUCGGCUCACUUGGCCAAAAAAGUGGCAGCCUAACAGGGUUUGACUUGAGCGAGUUCACCAGGCUGGAGGAGCUCGGCCUCUCAUACUGGGCGACAGGCUCUGAAGCUGGAACCGAGGCUCAACUUCUCGCACCGAGCCUUCGAGCAUUUUCCUGGUCAUUCCACGUGGAGGACCAACAUAGCGAGAGCUAUUUCGACUUCCAAGAGCCGCAGGAAAAGUGGCUCCGUACACUCGUCCACGCUGCUGUUGAAGAGCGGGUGCCGCUUCGCAAGCUCCAAAUUACCUUCGUGCCUAGCGACUAUGGCAAGCCUGGCGAGGCCCGGCCGAAGGAGUGGCCGUGGGACUGCAUGGAUCGUGUUGUCGGCAAGGAGAUGCGAGAUUUGGGCGUGACCUUAUCGCACGGUGAACCAACCAUUUCCCGAAGAGACUUCCUAGAAAGGGGCGUGGAAGUAGAGGAGUAGAAGGAGGGAAUGGAUUGAAUAUCCCGGUCGGCCCCUCAAGACUAGCGCCAAAUCUUCAUCACAAGAUCCGCCGGCGGCAUUAUGAUAUUAAGCAAGGCCUGCCUCCCGACAGGCUUCCCAGCAAGCUCAACAUCGUAGACCCGUCUGCGGCCCCAAGCUGCACCGGGCUUCGUCAACUCGGGCACCAUACAGGC